GUGACCGCAACGCUCCGCCGGCGCCAAUUUCAAACAGCGGAACAAACUGAAAGCUCCGGUGCCCGACCCCACCCCCGGCCCCCCGGCCCGGGACCCCUCCCCUCCCGGGAUCCCCCGGGAUUCCCCACCCCUCCCGCACCGCCGGGGACCCGGCCGGCCUGGCGCGAGUCCCUGUCCGGGCCCCUGGCUCGGCCCCCAGGUUGGAGGAGCUCGGAGCCCGCCCUUGGAGCCACAGCCCAGCAGCGGCGGCGGCUGCAGUCGGGAGGGUCUAUACUUGUGAUUCUCAAUGGAGAGUGAAAGCACAGAUUCAUAAUGAAAACCAGCCCCCGUCGGCCACUGAUUCUGAAAAGACGGAGGCUGCCCCUUCCUGUUCAGAAUGCCCCAGGUGAAACAUCAGGAGAGGAACCUAAGAGGCCCCCUGCCCAGCAAGAGCCUGGUCAAGCACAGGCCUCCAAGGGGGCGGCAGACUCCAACUCUUGCAAGUUUCCAGCUGGGAUCAAGAUUAUUAACCACCCCACCAUGCCCAACACCCAAGUGGUGGCCAUCCCUAACAAUGCCAAUAUCCAGAGCAUCAUCACAGCAUUGACCGCCAAAGGAAAAGAGAGUGGCAGCAGUGGGCCCAACAAAUUCAUCCUCAUCAGCUUUGGGGGAGCCCCCACGCACCCUUCAGGACACCAGCCUCAAGCCCAAACCAGCAAUGAUCCCAGGAGGACAGAAGUGGUCACUGAGACCCUGGGACCAAAGCCUGCAACUAGGGAUGUGAAUCUACCUAGACCACCUGGAGCCCUACCUGGGCAGAGAUGGGAGAGCUGUGCUGGCGGUGAGGCAGCAGGCUGCACUCUCGACAACAGCUUGACCAACAUCCAGUGGCUCAGAAAGGUGAGUUCUGAUGGACUGGGCUCCAGCAGCAUCAAGCAAGAGACGGAGGAAAAGGAGAAUCGUCACCUGGAGCAGAGUCAGGUUGAGGAGCCCCCGGGAGCAUCAACUUCCUGGCAGGACUCUGUAUCUGAGCGGCCACCGUAUUCUUACAUGGCCAUGAUACAAUUCGCCAUCAAUAGCACCGAGAGGAAACGCAUGACCUUGAAAGACAUCUAUACUUGGAUUGAGGACCACUUCCCCUAUUUUAAGCACAUUGCCAAGCCAGGCUGGAAGAAUUCCAUCCGCCACAACCUUUCUCUCCAUGACAUGUUUGUUCGGGAGACAUCUGCCAAUGGCAAAGUCUCCUUUUGGACUAUCCACCCCAGUGCCAAUCGCUAUUUGACAUUGGACCAGGUAUUUAAGCCACUGGACCCAGGGUCUCCACAAUCGCCUGAGCACUUGGAAUCACAGCAGAAACGACCCAAUCCUGAGCUCCGCCGGAACGUGACCAUCAAAACUGAACUCCCACUGGGCGCACGGCGGAAGAUGAAACCACUGCUGCCACGGGUCAGCUCAUACCUGGUACCUAUCCAGUUCCCGGUGAACCAGUCGCUGGUGUUGCAGCCCUCAGUAAAGGUGCCAUUGCCCCUGGCAGCUUCACUCAUGAGCUCAGAGCUUGCCCGCCAUAGCAAGCGGGUCCGUAUUGCCCCCAAGGUGCUGCUAGCUGAUGAUGGGGUGGCCCCUCUGCCCACCGCAGGGCCUGUGCAAGAGGACAAAUUCCUGCUUGGAGAAAGGCUGUCUCCUCUGCUUCCAGUUCAGUCCAUCAAGGAGGAAGAAAUCCAGCCCGGGGAGGAAAUGCCACUCUUGGGGAGACCCAUCAAAGUAGAGAGCCCGCCCUUGGAGGAGUGGCCUUCACCAUGCCCAUCUGUUAAAGAGGAACUGUCGCACUCCUGGGAGGGUUCGUCCCACUCUCCCACCCCGAGGCCCAAGAAGUCCUACAGCGGGCUCAAGUCCCCAGCCCGGUGUGUCUCGGAAAUGCUCGUGAUCAAACGCAGGGAGGGACGGGAGAUGAGUCGGUCUCGCAGAAAACAGCACCUCCUGCCUCCCUGUCUGGAUGAGCCUGAGCUACUCUUCUCCGAGGGCCCCAGGGCUUCCCAGCGAGCCACAGAGCUCACUUUGCCCGCAGUGUCCUCCGAGCCCACCUCCCGGCUUGGCUCCUGCCAGGAGGAGGGAGGACCCUUUAAGACACCCAUUAAGGAGACACCGCCCAUCUCCUCCACCCCGAGCAAGUCUGCCCUCCCCAUGACCCCUGAAUCCUGGAGGCUCACACCCCCAGCCAAAGUAGGGGGCCUGGAUUUCAGUCCGGUACAAGCCCCCCAGGCUGCCUUUGGCCCCCUGCCUGAUUCCCUGGGGCUAACGGAUUUUAGCACCACCCCGCUGAAAAGUAUCCCACUCUUUGACUCACCCCGAGAGCUCCUCAAUUCAGAGCCCUUUGACCUCACCUCUGACCCCUUCAGCAGCCCUUCCCCCUCAGAUAUGGAAGUCCCCAAGCCGGGGUCCCCCGGGUCACAGGUUGCCAGCCUUUCAGCCAACCGUUCUCUGACGGAAGGCCUGGUUCUGGACACAAUGAAUGACAGCCUCAGCAAGGUCCUCCUGGACAUCAGCUUCCCUGGCCUGGAGGAGGACCCUCUGGGCCCUGACAGCAUCAACUGGGCUCAGUUCAUUCCCGAGCUGCGGUAGAGGCCUGACCUUACCCUUGCUGCCCAAGCCUUCCGCACUUCCAGGAGCUCGUGCACCUGGGCCAUCCAAGCCCUCUGAGUGAGGACAGCAGGCAGGGACCGUCCGCUCCUCUAGCUCCACUUUGCCUGCUUAUGCCAAGGCAGAUGUCACGCCGUGGCCGCCACUGGGCCCUCUGCAAGCCGCGAGGGCCUGGUGACUGGUCCCUGGGCCACCUGAUGCUCCCCGAGAAAAUCUGACUCCUCACUCUCCCUGCUAGGAGCUGAAGGGUGAGAACAGCAAAAGAAAGGGUGAAAGAGAUUAGGAACCCCCCCCAAACUGUGCCUGUGCCCAGCAGUCCCCCACCUUCCCUGCUCCUUGUAAAUAGUGUAUAUUCUCCAAUUUAACCUCUAAUUAUAAAUAUAAGCUUAUUUCCUUAGAUCAUUAUCUAGAGACUGCCAGAAGGUGGGUAAAGUGACAAGGGGUUUCAGUUUGCUUCUGUUCCUUGCUUUUAAUUCCCAGAGAAGGGAGGACCUGCAGUGCAUGGUUUCUUCCAGGCCUGGGGUACUUGCCUCAAGGGCUCUUUACUGUAGGCACCCAGACAAGCAGAUCUGCUUCCUAGGGUCCCUCUUAUUGCCCCUCCCUCCCACCUUCCCACAUUUCCAAGUCAGCUUUCCUGCACAAAGAAAUCCUGGUAAAAGGUAAAAAGGUCUCGUAAUGGGUCAAGAGUUGAAUUGGGGGCGGGGGAAUGGAUGCAUCUGAAGCAAAGAAUGGGUGUCCAGAUGUGCUCCCAAGAGAUGUUUCUCUGAUAAUAUCCCUAAUCAUGCCAGAGAGACUAGCAUUGCCAAGAACUUGGCCCAAGGCUUGAGAAGACUAAAAGGGCCCUGUCCUGCCCUGCCUAGCUUCCUUAGCUCACUCACACCUCAGCUUUGCAAAGAGCCACCCUAGGCCCCAGCUGACCACAUGCAUGUGAGCCAGCUCAAGAACACUACCAUAACUCAAUAAAAUCCAGGGUGGAAGUGUG